ACCAUGCUGCUGUCGUCUGAUGACAGCCGGUACCGGGGAAGGUGAACAAUUUCCUUAUCGAUAAGCCCCUCUCACCGAGCUCACCACGAAAUUCGAUGUCAAUCGGCCCACCAUCCUCCAAACAAUGCCUCAAUUGACGCAACAAUAACCAUGGCACUCCCUCUCUCUCGUUGUCGCGCCUCUAUGCGCCUCAGCAUACGCACUCGAUCUUUAAUUCCCCUUCGCGCCCGGCCAAUCCUCCCCCGAAGCUUCAGCCAAUCCUCCAUCGCCUACUCAAAAACCCAGCCCACGAAAGAUGACGUUCUCAACCUCUGGGAUCAGUGUACGACGACUUCAAUGCCCGCUAUGGUCGGUGCUAACUUGCGCCAGAUAGCAAUGCGGGUAUACCGACUACACCUGGUGCCAAUGGGCAAUACGCGGGGUUCAUGAAUAAGAGGAGGAACAUGUCUUCGAAGCUCUCGUUCGCCGAUCUCGUUCUACCGUCAGGCGAGGUUAUUCAGCUAUGCGCCGACUCAACGAAAUAUCCCGAAGCCUCUGCGCUCUUUCGAAGUAUUCGCGCAACAAGUCCAGUCGUCGUUAGCACCGAGAGCGAAGCGAAUACAAGCCCAGACGCCGAGAAGCAAUCCUCCAAGCGAACCUUUUACGUUAAGGACAUUCGACCAUUGAACGAUGUGCAGCAAAAUCUCAUCGUAACGCCCGACGUCAUAUUCCCCGAUACCAAGCGCCAUUACCAACUGCGCCAUCACCCAGAGUUGCUAGCAAGACUUCAAUUCCGAUCGUGGCUCAAGGGACAAUUGACAGCUGGCCUGCAAGACAAGGGCUUUACAGAUAUCGAGACGCCGACACUAUUCAAGUCAACGCCCGAAGGCGCACGAGAAUUCCUCGUACCAACCCGCCGACCCGGUUACGCAUAUGCUCUCACACAAAGUCCUCAGCAGUACAAACAGGUUCUUAUGGCGAGUGGAGUUUCGCGAUACAUGCAGUGGGCGCGCUGUUAUCGUGAUGAGGACGCUCGUACGGAUCGGCAGCCAGAGUUUACACAACUUGAUAUGGAGUGGGCGUUUGCGAAUGCUGAGGUGGUGAGGAAGGAUGUUACGGAUAUUGUGCUACGGUCGCUUGAGGCUUUGCGACCUGCGCAUAGCUACAAGACCAUCCGAGGAAGCCGUGUGCCUGUAGUUUCGGACAUUCCUGAAGGUUCUCGUCCUGCUGAUGAACCGGUUCAGCACAAGGUCACGACACUUACGUUCCAGGAUUGCAUUUCGAUGUACGGAACUGACAAGCCAGACUUGCGCCUCCCAGGAAGAAUUUACGCGAUACCAAACGAAAUGUGCGAACAAUUCGCCAGCAUGAUGACAUACCUCCAAGAUCCCCUGAUCGAAGCCUUCCAUAUCCCCGUUAAAGAUGUUGACGACGACAUUCCAAGACCAAAACGCUUCACCGAACAGUUCAUUGAAUCACUACCGAAACAUCUCCGCGAGAAUAAAGACGGAAUGCCAGUGAUACUAGUCUGCGACUCCAGGCAACCUCGCGGCGGCUUCUCUUCACUCGGUGUAGAGUGCGACGAGAUUGUCAAUAUCGCAACUGGCGGAAAGGGUGUUCUUGAGGGUGACAUUCUCGUCUUCCAAGCGCGUGAGAAGCCAAAGGGUCAGUAUUACCGUGCUUCUACCGCAAUUGGUGAAAUCCGCAAUGAGUUGUACAGGAAGCUUCUUGGCGACGGUCUCGUAGAAGACCUGCCCGCACCUGGUACACCCGAGUCAAUGCAAUUCGUCUGGGUAACCGACUUUCCCAUGUUCAAGCCCACCGGCGAGGACAACGAUCCAGGCCAAGAAGGCUCUGCCGGUAUCGCAGCAGCGCACCACCCCUUCACAGCCCCUAAAUCGAAAUACGAUCUCGAACUUCUCUUCACAGACCCGUUACAGGCCAAGAGCGCAGCAUACGAUCUCGUCCUCAACGGCGUAGAAGUCGGCGGCGGUAGCGAGCGUAUCCACAUACCUACCGUGCAGGAGUUCAUCAUGCGGGAUAUUCUCAAGAUGAAGGAUAGUAGGAUUGAGGACUUUGCGCAUUUGUUUGAUGCGUUGAGGGCGGGGUGUCCGCCGCAUGCGGGAUUCGCGCUGGGCUUUGAUCGGUUGGUUGCGCUGUUGACGGAUACGACUACUGUGAGGGAUGUCAUUGCGUUUCCGAAGACGAUGAAGGGUGAUGAUCCAUUUGUCAAGGCGCCGACGAGGGUUACGGCGGAACAGCUUGCGCCGUAUGGGUUGCAGUUGAGGGGUAAGCAGUGAUGAACAUGUGGAUGAUGUUGUAUAAAAGUGAUGAUGGAUAGAAUCGCGACUCAUUGUUUGUUUGGAUACUGGGUAUAGAAUUGUAUAUUAUUGUAGACAGGUAUGUAUCAUAGAACAAAUGCAUCAGGUCACAGGCGGUUUGCCGAGUUGGACAAGCCACUCAACAUGAGAAAUUCCAUACAGUCAUCACCAUGCCAAAGCGAUUAAAAGUUCGUAAGCGUUGAAUUGUUUCUAAGUAGGUCUUUGCCGCUCUCAUGAUUCAGCGUCAAUCCAUUCCUAUUCCCUAACCGAGCCAUUCCCGACCAAACAUUCUAAAUGUUGCCGUUCUCUAUGCUCCAGUGUUCCGUAAACUCCGAUGCAAUUUGAAGUCCAUGCCGCAUAAGGUAUCAAGGUGUCGCAAGUAAAACAAGUCGUUCAGGCUAUGAAGCGUUUAAGCCAUGAAGGCGAAGACAGCAGCACCAACAGCAGCCAUCAAAGCAACAACGCCAGCUUGACCGCCGCCAACAGUAGCAGCAGCAUUGUCGUUAUUCGACGCAGCAGAGGCACUAGCGCUAGCCUCAUCGAUAGCAGUGCGAACCCGGGAGCUCACGCCGUCGAAAGCAGUGCUGGCGCGAGAAGCAAUCUCGGAGCCCUUGUCGCGUGCCUCGGAGGCUUGACCUUCAACCCAGGUCUUGGCGUCGCCGCCCUUGUCGGAGGCCCAUUGCUCGGCUUCGGAGUAGUGGCUCUUGACCCAGUCGUCGACGUCCUGGCCGGCGGCGGAGGCUUUGCCUUCGGCCCAGGACUUGACGUCGUCGGGGAUGAUGUCGCGGGGGAGGACAGCGGGUUGGGUGAUUUCGGGCUGGGGGGCUGCGUUGCCGGCGACGAGGGUUGCGGCUGCGAGGAGGGCGACUUGUGUGAAGAGCAUCUUGAGUGUUGUUGUUGUGUGUAGGUGUAAGUGGAGUUAUGUGAUGAAGAUGUUUGUAUUUGUGAGUUGGUUGAGUGUAGAGAAAAGUAGUUGUUUAGGUGAGGGAUUGAUGAAUGAUGGAGGAGAGAAACGGGAGCAGGACCUCUCCUUGAUAUAGCUC